AUGCCUGCCAGUCGGAACACCGGCGUCUCACACGACGUAGACGUUGUCUACGGCAGUUCAUCGCGCUUCUUCGCUCGCAACGAGCAGCUCAAGGUCACCCGACAGAAGUCCAUCCACGAGCGCAGGGAGCUACAGGAGCGUCUCCGCUCCAGUAGCAAAGGUUUCAGCCGGGAAUCUUUGCAGGUGCUCGCGGAAGUCACGCACGACGACGACGACGACGAUCAACACCACGGUUUCACUACCUUUGAGGCUCAUGAGGACACGCAGACGAGCGAGGGCCAGUGGGUGGACGAGGACGAGGACAUCGCGACCGACGAGUUUAUGGCUGCAGUGCAGGAACACGCUCGGAACAAACUCAACGCCAGCCAGGACCAUCGGACCUGGCGCCAUCGGCUUCGACGUGCACAAGAAAAUCUUCUGCCCAGCAUUCCGGGCAUGACAGCGGGCUAUCUAAGGUGGAUGUACCCUCCCCCUAUCCACACCUCUUCUUCCCCUCUCCCUUCAGACCCGACCUUGACCGAUACCUCCAUGGACUCCAUGGACCCUCCCCAGCCCCGCACCAGCUCUCAGGGCGCUGAUUGGUCCUUCAAAAUCGCCGUGAUCGACAUUUACACGCUUGACACCCUGGCCACCAUCCCUCGCUCCGAAGACUGCCCCAGCACUUCGGAAGCCCUCGCAUCUGCCGGCUAUAUUGGCACCACCCCUGAUAGCCCCACCCUCGCAUUUUCAAUCCGCACCUUGGAGCUGUAUCGCCGCCUCCGCCUGCGGAAGGCAUCGUUUAGCGUCGAGGCGUUUUCGAAGGUGAUUUGUGACCUCUAUGCGUGGUCGUAUCGCCGAACCUAUCGGACUGCUCUAGCAAACGCAUUCGACGCAUAUUUGCUGGUCCGUCGUCGGGUCGAUGAGGACGUGCAGAAGGCUCUCGGGCGCGAUGGGCGUGACUGGCGGGCAAAGUUUGGCUGCCCCGCCUGUGGAUAUGAGGUCAAUGAUGAGCCUCCCCUCAAAUACCGCCGCAUGCUCACGUUCGACGGCAACAACUCCCUCUCUCGCAUGAAGGCUUUCGGUGACCGGCAGGUCGGCGAUCUGCGCCGAUUCACCGGAGACUACUUCCUCACUACUGAGGAAGUCGACAAGUUCGCGAAUGGCGUACAGAAGCUCGACAACUCCGACCUCGUAUCUGAUCCCGGCAUUGGCCUUGAUGACGACGACGACGACGCACAGGGGUCAACCAACAACGACGCUGAGUGCACCAAGAAUUGGAAGGCAGCGGCAGCCGACGCCAAGAAGAAUAGCUGGGGCAUUUUCGACGAGACUGGUAUAUUUGCGAGUGCGUGCCGUCAUGGUAUCAUGCUCUGGGUUGUCGACAUGGUGCGCAGCGGGGAGUUAUUUAAGUACCCCCUGGCAACAGUUCAGAAGGCACUUGACGUGCUCGGCCCGAGGCUGAUGAUCGCGUAUGACAUCGGCUGUAAGCUGAAGACUACCAUCAAGAACUCAUCGCUCGGCCCCACCUUCUCCGCAUCGGAAUCCACCAUGUGCGUUGACGCGUUCCACGGCUACACCCACAAUUUCUCCUGCCAGGACUCGAACCAUCCCAGCAUCUUGGAAGGUGCUGGCCUCGAAGACUUCGGUUUCAUGGAGCGGAUUUUCAGUCAAUCAAACAACCUCACCGUCCUCGUCCGCUACGCGUCUGCAUUCAACAGACGUCUUUUCAUCUCUCUGUAUUUCACACAGUGGGACAAGGACCGUUAUCUCGGCAUCGGCUACACGCUCUACCGAGGCUAUGUCCGGGCACUCAGGGUCAUCAAAGCCGACGACGCGGCGUUAGUCCAAGCAAAAGUCUCACUCAACAUCACUGACGCCGAGCUGGAAGUGUGGAAGGUCGAGCAAAGCCAGUACCUCAAGACUGUCGGAGAGGAGGAUGAGUACGACGUCUUUGCUGUGACGUACGUGGAGCUCCUUCAGAAGCUCCGCAUCGCAAGGGCGAAAGCAGAUAAACAUAAGGGCUCAUACACCGAUGCUAUCCCCGACGGCUACGAACCAGCCCCCGUCGCCUUCGUCAACUUGAAGGCCCACUGGAGUGACAAGGACACUUCGCUCUCCCAGACACGGAAACUCGAGACGGCCAUGCGUCGUUCACGCGAUCGCGUCGAUGCACUGGACCGGGACAUCACGGACAUCGAAAUCAAGAUGGGGAUCGCUCGGCGGUGGGAGCCAUUCGACGAAGACUACAUCCACGCCGUUGAGUACGUCAACAAACGCAAGUACCAUUGUGCAUUGAACAAGCUUCAACGUCUUGUCGUCCUCCGUCUCCUUGAGCUGCACAAGUUGAACCUUGGCCGAGUCGGCUAUAAAAUGCGGUCACACAUGGGCAAGUCUCUACAAGCACGUUGCCGAGCCAUACGCAAUGCCGUCGCCGAAUACAAUGCCGCAGCCAAAGACAUUGGGAAGCCGCAACUUGACUGGUCGAAGGUAUCAAACUAUUCGUUUGUUGAAGAGUUUACUCUAUUGCAGGAAACACGGGACGACGUGCGCUCGAAGCGAUGGACCACGCCUGUGAUUCGCGAAGUCAUGAAGCUCCAUAGCCGCCUCAAGCGUGCGCACGAGGAGAUCGCCCGUCUCGACGUUGAGGUGCGGCGAGUUCAUACAUUCAUCCGCGACGAAGAGAACAUGUUCGACUUCGUUGUGGACGAACUUAACCACACGAAAAGUCCAUUGUCCGGUGCUGUUCAAGACUUCUGCUCACGACGUCGCCGCGCCAACGCUUGCAUCAUGCGGGAUCUGCAGUCCAUCUUCGAACUCGACGGUUUCUCAGGUUCAUGUGAACCUGGUCUGCGGGAUGGUUCUGAUAUCGGCAAGGCGCCGAGCGCAUCACCUGAGCCUCGUGCCCGUAUGUUCGCAUCACAAGAACCUUCGCUAACGGAGACCGUGGACGACGCACUCGACGUAGACGACACGAGAAUGGAGGAAAUGGGUGGGAUGGUCGAUUGGAUGAGUAGCUUGACUGUAUCGCAUUGA